AUGCGGUCACUGGAAGGACUGAGCGCGUUCCAGAGCCUGGAGGAGCUCAUCUUGGACAACAAUCUGCUCGGGGACGACCUCAUGUUGCCAGGGUUACCCAGGCUCCAUACCUUAACCCUCAACAAGAACCAAAUCACUGACUUGGAGUGUUUGCUCAAUCACCUGGCAGAAGUGACACCAGCUCUGGAAUACCUCAGCCUGCUGGGUAAUGUGGCAUGCCCCAACGAGCUGGUCAGCUUGGAAAAGGAUGAGGAAGACUACAAGAGAUAUAGGUGCUUUGUUCUACACAAGCUACCCAACUUGAAGUUUCUGGAUGCCCAGAAAGUAACCAAACAGGAACGAGAGGAGGCAUUGAUCAGAGGAGCAUUCAUGAAGGUGGUGAAACCCAAGGUGUUUCUUGUCUGA